AUGUCACAAGCUCAGCCCACAGACUCGGGUAUGCCUCUCGCCGAUUCCUCGUCUUCAAAACCCCAGGAUUCUUUACUUUCUCCUUCUCGUCCAAAUUCAAAGAAUCAACACUCAUCUCUGACGUCUACAGCUACGACUGCCAACAAUGCUAGUCUGGUGGAAGAGAACGAGGCCGCAAAGGGUUCUAAGCGAAGAAGAAGGGGCGACGGAGCGAGCAUAAGGUCAAGCCAGAAGCCGAAACAGGGCAGUGCCUCGAAAUUCUUCAGUUCUCUGCUAGGAUGCUGCCGGGCGCCGGAUUCAUAUGCAGGAGGUGUCGACGAGAACGCGAGAAAGGCAGAAAGACCACGCACCGAACCGCGAGACAAGGCGAGAGUGCCAGCCGAGGCUACCGCUGGAAAGUCGAAGGAACAGGAACGAGCCGGAACUCCCCCGCCGCCACCAAAGGAGGAACAGGAGACAAAACUCAACGAAAAGGUCCCUAUCCCAGCCGAAGAGGCUCCAUCUGCGCCAGCGACCUUACCGACAAAAGAGGCUGAAGAACCAUCACUGGCCAAGUCCUCUACCGAAUCUACUAAUGGAGAAGCCAAAUUUCCCCGAGCCCCGGAGAUGCCAACAACCCCGCCUCCUCCAGCCCCUGAAGCGCCGGAGAACAACCUCUUACCGCCGGCGAUAAUCCAGGAGCAACAAACCCAGGGAACAUCGACAACUACCACUGAACCAGAAUAUCCCAGCGGACCUUCUGUCACACAUACUCCACCUACACCGCAUCCAGAUGAGGGUAAAUCUGAUGAAACCAGCUUGCCAGCAGUAACCACCACCGCUACCACCGCCUCGAUACCGAGUGAUGACAAGCGAAAGUCGACAUCUAGCGUCCGACCAACGACGCCAAUAGAGACAGACGACUCGGAUGCUGACUCGCUGAACCAGGAGACCGGCGCCGCAGAUGUGGGCAUGGUCCCUGUUCCCGUUCCCGCUGAGAUUUUGCCGAGUGAGGAUCAAAAAUCCAAGUGGCUCCUUCCACCAAUUGCCCCAGAACACACUGGCAAGAAAUGCCUCGUACUAGACUUGGACGAAACUUUGGUACAUAGCAGUUUUAGACAACUGCUCCAACAACCGGACUUCACUAUACCCGUCGAAAUUGAAGGAUCUUAUCAUAACAUCUAUGUCAUAAAACGGCCUGGUGUGGAUCAAUUCAUGAAGAGGGUUGGAGAACUCUAUGAAGUUGUUGUCUUUACCGCGUCUGUUUCUAAGUAUGGCGACCCGCUUCUUGACCAACUCGACAUUCACUCUGUCGUCCACCACCGUCUCUUCCGAGAUAGUUGCUACAACCAUCAAGGCAACUACGUCAAGGAUCUCUCUCAACUCGGACGUGACUUGAAGGAUACUAUAAUCAUCGACAAUUCUCCCACCUCUUACAUCUUCCACCCGCAGCAUGCUCUCCCCGUAAGCAGCUGGUUCUCUGACGCCCAUGAUAAUGAACUGCUGGACCUCAUCCCUGUUCUAGAGGAUCUAGCAACAACCCAAGUUCGAGACGUUAGUCUCGUUUUGGAUGUCUCUCUAUAA